UUAUAGCUGUAUCUCUACUUGAUUAAUAGAAUUCUUUGUAGAAAUUUCUCACAGAUUUUGAUGGGUUAUGGUUGAGAAGUUGUCUAUUGUGUUUGUAAUUUUAUGAAUUUCAUAAUAUAGGUUGAUGAGGAUAGAUGAUCUUGUUGUUCAAAGUAGAUUGUGGGACUGGAGAGGAAGAAAGUCAUUUGACAUGUUUACACGGGUUCGAUAUCAUGGGAACAAGUUCGUUCUUCGAAUCCGGGUUUCGCUUUUUAUGGAGACAAACUCAUUGGUUCGGUUCAUUAGUUCACAAAGGAACCCAUCUACGGCCUAUCAUGAUAUAUAUUGGUGGAAUUCAAAUAUUACUAGUUGCUUUAGGCGUGGUGAUGUCAAAAAUGCGUGCCGGUUAUUCAAUGACAUGCCCUAUAAAAAUCAGGUGACGUGGAACUGUAUGAUAUCUGGGUAUGUUCAGAAUUGGAAAAUUGUUGAAGCACGCAAGAUCUUUGAUGUCAUGCCUAGUAAAAAUGUGGUUUCAUGGACAGCAUUAUUAACUGGAUAUGCAAGGUAUGGAAAGUUGGAAGAAGCUCAGAAUUUGUUUGAUAGAAUGCCUGAAAGAAAUGUCGCUUGUUGGAAUUCGAUGAUCUCUGGUUAUGUGAAUAAUGGAAGAAUACAACAGGCACGGAAAUUGUUUGAUAGAAUGCCAGUUAGGAACUCUAUAUCUUGGGUAACAAUGAUUGAAGGGUACUUCCAGCAUAAUAUCGUAAAAGAAGCCUUGGCAUUAUUUGAUCAAGUACCUGAAAAAACUACCCCACUUUACAAUACUUUGUUGUCUUGGUAUGUUGAAAUGGGAUACUUUGAGGGUGCAUGUCAAUUAUUCAACAGAAUGCCUCAAAGAGAUGUUGCUUCAUGUACAAUUAUGAUUACUUGUUACUCACGAGCUGGUCAGAUGGAGAAUGCUAAGCGCUUAUUUGACGAGAUGCCAGAGAGGGAUACAGCGGCUUGGACAGCCAUUAUUAGGGGUUAUAUGUGCAAUGGAGAGAUUGGAUAUGCUCAUAAAUUAUUCGAAGAAAUGCCUCAUCGGGAUAUUGUUGCAUGGAAUUCAAUGAUUGGUGGUUAUGUACAAAAUGGAAUGUUGGAAGAUGCUUUACAACUGUUUAUGCAGAUGCCUAGGAGGGAUAUCAUUUCAUGGAAUUCAGUUCUACAGGGAUACGUGCUACAAGAUGAUAUUGUUAAUGCACGGUGUUUCUUUGAGAAGAUGCAGCACAGAGAUGAAAUAUCAUGGAAUACAAUAAUUGCUGCAUACCAAAGUGAGGAAGCUUUGGUUUUGUAUUGUAGAAUGUUGCAUGAUGGAUUUAAGCCUGAUCAAGCGACAUUCACCAGUGUGAUUUCAGUAUGUAGUGCUCUUGCUAGACUUAGUUGGGGAAGAGCUAUGCAUCUCACUGUGAUUAAAACUUGUUUUGAAAAUGAUACAGUGGUCAUAAGUUCACUAAUCACCAUGUAUUCAAAAUGUGGCUUCCUAAAUGAUGCUACUUUGGUAUUUGAGAGGAUGGUUAAACGGGAUACGGUAGCAUGGAAUGCCAUGAUUGUGGCACAGGCUUAUCAUGGAUUUGCUGCUGAAGCCAUUGACCUAUUCCUUCCUAUGAUUCAAGCUGGAUUUAAACCAGACCAUGUGACUUUUUUGGGUCUCUUGACUGCUUGUGCACAUAGAGGUCUGGUUGAUAAGGGUUGGGAGUUCCUUAAAUCUAUGGAAACAGAUUGGAAUUUGAUCCCAAACUUUGAACAUUAUGGAUGCAUGGUUGAUCUCCUUGGACGACAAGGAUUACUAACUGAUGCUUAUGACUUCCUCAAACAAAUACAUGAGGCUCUCCCAAUGCAUACAUGGGAAACCCUAUUAAGUGCUUGUAGAGUCCAAGGAAAUUUAGAGCUAGGUGAACUUGUUGCAGAAAAGGUUUUGAGUAUUCAACCUUCAAAUGAAGGAGUAUAUGUACUUCUUUCUAAUAUAUAUGCUGAAAGAGGGAUGUGGGAAGAUGCAGCAAGCGUAAGAGCAUUAAUGAAACACCGAGGAGUGAAGAAAGAACCAGCAUGUAGUUGGGUUGAGGUUAAGGGGAAGACAUGUUCAUUUGUCUGUGAUGAUAGAUCUCAUCCUCAAAUGCAUGAAAUAUACAAACAAUUGGAGAGUCUCUCUGUUGUCAUUGAUGAUUCUAGUUGGUCAUCGCAUUGGCGAGGAAGUAAAUCUACAUUGAAACUUUUGUAGAUUGAGUGUUUUUUU